AUGGAUAACAACAUGGAGAUCGAUGCGGCGCGGUCGCCCGAACCCCACCAUCUGUCGCCCACUACCGACCCUGGGUCGAUACCGACGCUGGACGGAUGGAUCGAGAACUUGAUGAGCUGCAAGCAACUGGCGGAGGAAGAUGUGCGAAGACUGUGUGACCGAAAAUGCCCGGUCACUGUGUGCGGUGAUAUACACGGCCAAUUUCACGACUUGAUGGAGCUUUUUCGUAUUGGCGGACCGAAUCCAGACACCAACUACCUGUUCAUGGGUGAGAUUCCCUUUGUCUCUUGUUGUGACUACGUCGAUCGGGGUUACUACUCUGUCGAAACCGUGACACUUCUUGUCAGCCUUAAGAUCCGUUACCCCCAGCGGAUCACAAUUCUCCGAGGAAACCACGAGUCCCGCCAGAUCACGCAAGUGUACGGUUUCUACGACGAGUGCCUGCGCAAAUAUGGCAACGCCAACGUGUGGAAAUACUUCACCGACCUUUUCGACUACCUCCCCCUCACCGCACUCAUUGAAAACCAGAUCUUCUGUCUUCACGGCGGUCUGAGUCCGUCGAUCGACACGCUCGACAACAUCCGGUCGCUGGACCGAAUCCAGGAGGUUCCCCACGAGGGACCGAUGUGUGACUUGCUGUGGAGUGAUCCCGACGACCGAUGCGGCUGGGGUAUCUCCCCCCGUGGUGCUGGAUACACAUUCGGGCAGGAUAUCUCGGAGGCAUUUAAUCACAACAACGGCUUGACUCUGGUGGCACGAGCGCAUCAACUGGUAAUGGAGGGAUACAAUUGGUCGCAGGAUCGGAAUGUCGUGACUAUUUUCUCGGCUCCAAACUACUGCUACCGGUGCGGCAACCAGGCCGCCAUUAUGGAAAUUGAUGAGCAUCUGAAGUAUACGUUCUUACAGUUUGAUCCCUGCCCGCGCGCCGGAGAACCGAUGGUCUCGAGGCGUACGCCCGACUAUUUCCUUUGA